AUGCCUAUUUUUCAUACUGGAAACUUCGAAAUUUCGCUCCAAAAUCAAUGCCGCCAAUUAAAGUCCCACCCUCCUCUCCAAUACCAAUUGGUAAAGAUCGCAGGGCAACCAACCCCCUACUUUUCCAAACAGUCUACCAUUUUUUUUCCAGGUAGUUGCCAAGUUACGGUGGAAGCGCACAACUUCACUUGCAAAUCUGAUCCAAAAACCCUCGAAAUCUCUGUCCCAAGGAACACAAAAAUAAAAAUAUCAGUGAGGGAAGAGACGCACAAGAAAUCAAGCAAUGGUAUUCGCUACUCGAAAUCUGAAGCUAAUGGGGAUGAAGAAAGAGUAUCUGCUUCACUGGAUAAUUAUUUGUUUGUUCUCGCUAAUCCCAAAUAUGCCGAUGAUAGUCAUGAUAGCUCUGAUAUCCAGGAAAUACUGAGCAUAUACACGAGGGAACUACCUUCGAUGAGUUAUGCUGCAAAUACUGGAAAACAAUCAACAUUCCUUGAAAAAUGUGUAUCAAAUGGGAAAUAUUGUACGUUGCUUUUGAAAUCCAAGUUGAUUGAAGACGAUGAAUUGAUUAUAGCUGCUAUUACUUAUCAAAUAGUCCCUGCUGAUACACAUUAUGCUGAGAUACCUCUGGCUGCUGUCAGAUCAAUGUACCAAAAGAAGGGAAUCGGUCGCGUUCUCUAUAAUGAAUUAAGGAAGCGGCUUCAGAGUGUUGGUGUUCAUAAUAUACUCUGCUGGGGAGAUAAGGAAUCUCAGGGAUUUUGGCUUAAACAGGGCUUUAUAUCAAUAGCAGAGAUUGGCACCAAGGGUAGAGUUCGAAGAUUGCCUAUUAAAGCUGGUAUUCAGAGAGCAUUAUGUUUUCCUGGUGGAUCUACGCUCAUGCUUUCUCAUCUUAAGGGGGCUAAUGCAUUUAAUCCUUCAGAAACUCUGAAGUUCCUUCUACCACUAAAGCAUCAUGAGAAAUCUUCCUCAGCUUCCAAUAAAUCUGUAGCUCAUGCAUUUCUGAGCGAGGGUGAGAAUAUUGUGACGUCAUUAGGCCAAACAAUCUCCAGAACUGAAUGUUCUCAACCUGAGGUGUUGGUGAAAGAUAGUUUUUCUACAGAGAACUGUAAGUUAGAUGGGUUCUCUUCUGAUCGAGAUUCAAUACACAACUGUCAGGACCCCUGCACUUUUGGAGGAGACGAGGUAGUGCAGUGCAACAUGGCUAUGGAUGCAGCCAAGGAAAGGUGUGAUGCUGUAAGAAAAAGCUGUUCUUGUUCAAUUCAAGGCAGAAAGAAAAGAUUUUGGGAAUCUUCAUUAUCCUCCCUAAAGUCAAAAAAGGUUAAGGGAACCCAUCAAGAUGUCUCUCGGUUAGGUUCCAACUGGGCUGUAGUGUCAGAGUCUGAAGAUGGACAACCAAAGAGCAAUUCUCUAUUAGAAGUUUAUGCUCCUGAGUGUUUGUUCAUUUGCAGCAAAGAAAAUAAUGUAGAAGAAGGUAUACCAAGAUGUAUGAUAGUGGAGUCCCAGACUGAUAAAAAGUGUCAAUCAAAUGGAGAAAUUUUUAGAAUCAUGUUGAUGAAUAUUGCAGAUGAUACUAAGAAAGCACAUCUUACAAAGGUGAUUGAAAACCUAGGAGGCGUUGUUACCUCUGAUGGAAGUGUUAGCACACAUGUGACAGGAAAAGCAAGGAGGACAUUGAAUUUCUGUGCUGCUCUUUGUUCAGGAGCUUGGAUAGUCUCCCCCAGCUGGUUGAAGGACAGUUACAGGGAGGGUAGAUUUGUGGAUGAAUAUUCUUAUCUGCUACAUGAUGAAGAUUACAUAUUGAAGUACAGAACUGAGUUGAAAACCGCAAUUCUUAGAGCCAGAGUUAGAGAACAUGGUUUGCUUAAAGAAUAUGAUAUAUGCAUAGCUUGUCAUGUUCAACCUGGUGCUGGAACCCUUUCAGCCAUUGUCAGGUGUGCUGGUGGAAAUACUAUCUGUGGAUUGAACAAAGUUGAAGACACAUCAAAAACAAUCUUCAUUGCAUGUGAAGACGACAUGGACGAGGCCUUAUCAGCUAUUAAGAAAGAAAUAUGGACUUUCAGCAGUGACUGGUUAAUAAACUGUGUCAUGAGACAGGAACUUGAUUUCGAAGCUCCUCAAUUUGCGGAGUCACUGUAAAAGCUUAUUUUUUUUUGUCAGCAUUCAUUAAAAUUUAUAUUAGAAUAUAUUGUAAAUUCUGAUCCUUACCAACACUAUAAUAUAUUCUUUUGGUUGGAAA